GAGAAAGGGGGGGAGAGAGAAAGCAUGAGUGAGUGAGUGGGAGGCGUCUCUGAGGUGGAAUAUGUAAAAAGUCUAAACAACAAGUCCUCAAAGCUCGAGGACAGACGGGAGCUAGUAUAAAUGUGCUGCUGUUCGCGCGGGGGUAAUAGGGGCCAAAAAACACCCUCCCCCUCUCUGGAUGUAAGCGCGCCACUGGCCAUGGCCACUCUGGAGGGCUGUCAUUGUCAGGGCGCCGGGGGGCAAAACACUAACAACAGCAUCCUGUACAACAUACUGAAGAACGACAGCCUCACGACCACCGAGGAACCAACAUCACAACCACAACACAGACAGCAGCACCAAGUGCUCAAGGUCUCCUCCUGCUCCUCUUCUUCGAGGUUCGAGCUUAGGCAGCAACAGGCUUGCUCUUGCGCUUCCUCGCUGCGACGGGGGUCUCUCCGGUCCCCCCAGGUGACCUGCAAAGCCGCAUCGGCGGUCCUCAUGAAGACUCUGCGAUUUGUAAAGAACGUGCCGUGUUUCCGCGAGCUUCCCGAGGAUGACCAGCUGCUGCUUGUUCGGAACGGCUGGGUGCCGCUGCUUGUGCUGGGCCUCGCGCAGGACCGGGUGGACUUCGAGACCACGGAGACCGCGGAACCUAGCAUGUUGCAGCGGAUCCUGACCGGUGGCUGUGUCAGCCAAGGCAGCUUAAUGGACAGACAGGUUGAGCCGGAGCAGAGCGCGGGAACACCCGGGGUCUCUCUCGCGGAUAUCCAGGGCAUCAAAGCGUUCCUGAAAAAGUGUUGGGGUUUAGACAUCAGUACCAAGGAAUAUGCCUACCUCAAAGGAGCCGUGCUCUUCAACUCAGAUCUCCCUGGUCUGUGCUACCUCAACUACAUCCAGUCACUGCGGAGCGAGGCUCACCAGGCUCUCAACGAGUAUGUGAAGCUGAUCCACCGGGACGACGCCACGCGCUUUGCCAAGCUGCUCAUCGCCCUGGCCAUGCUGAGGGCCAUCAGCCCCCUGGUGGUGGCACAGCUCUUCUUCAAGCCCAUCAUUGGAACCGUCAAUAUGGAGGACGUCCUGCUGGAGAUGUUCUAUGGGAAGUAGGCUUUCUAUGGUCCUGUCCAGAAACAACCCCUAGAUAUAGCCCCCAAGUCCUUCUCUUAGUCCUUACUCCCUAGGCAAUUUCACCUAUUUCCUACCCACUAGAAACGUGACCUUGCCCUAGACUCUCCACCCCCAUUUCCCCACUUCCGCUAGCCCCUAGCUCCUAUUGGAUAGUAAUAAGCAAAAAAAACAUGCCCAAUACAGGAACAAUAUGAUAUCUUCACCUUGCCCUCCAGUUGGCUAUAAAGGGACAAUAUGAUAGCUCCAUCUUGCCCUACGGUUGGCUAUAAAGGAACAAUAUGAUAGCUCCAUCUUGCCCUACGGUUGGCUAUAAAGGAACAAUAUGAUAGCUCCAUCUUGCCCUACGGUUGGCUAUAAAGGAACAAUAUGAUAGCUCCAUCUUGCCCUCCGGUUGGCUAUAAAGGAACAAGAUGAUAGCUCCAUCUUGCCCUCCGGUUGGCUAUAAAGGAACAAUAUGAUAGCUCCAUCUUGCCCUCCGGUUGGCUAUACAGGAACAAUAUGAUAGCUCCAUCUUACCCUCUGGUUGGCUGGACAGGAACAAUAUAUGAUAGCUCCAUCUUGCCCUCCGGUUGGUUGUACAGGAACAAGAUGAUAGCUCCAUCUUGCCCUCCGGUUGGCUAUAAAGGAACAAGAUGAUAGCUCCAUCUUGCCCUCCGGUUGGCUAUAAAGGAACAAGAUGAUAGCUCCAUCUUGCCCUCCGGUUGGCUAUAAAGGAACAAGAUGAUAGCUCCAUCUUGCCCUCCGGUUGGCUAUAAAGGAACAAGAUGAUAGCUCCAUCUUGCCCUCCGGUUGGCUAUAAAGGAACAAGAUGAUAGCUCCAUCUUGCCCUCCGGUUGGCUAUAAAGGAACAAGAUGAUAGCUCCAUCUUGCCCUCCGGUUGGCUAUAAAGGAACAAGAUGAUAGCUCCAUCUUGCCCUCCGGUUGGCUAUAAAGGAACAAGAUGAUAGCUCCAUCUUGCCCUCCGGUUGGCUAUAAAGGAACAAGAUGAUAGCUCCAUCUUGCCCUCCAGUUGGCUAUAAAGGAACAAGAUGAUAGCUCCAUCUUGCCCUCCGGUUGGCUAUAAAGGAACAAGAUGAUAGCUCCAUCUUGCCCUCCGGUUGGCUAUAAAGGAACAAGAUGAUAGCUCCAUCUUGCCCUCCGGUUGGCUAUAAAGGAACAAGAUGAUAGCUCCAUCUUGCCCUCCGGUUGGCUAUACAGGAACAAGAUGAUAGCUCCAUCUUGCCCUCCGGUUGGCUAUAAAGGAACAAGAUGAUAGCUCCAUCUUGCCCUCCGGUUGGCUAUAAAUGUUUUUUUUUGCUAUAUUACAUCUAUCAAAUCCUCUCAGAUCAAUAUCUGUGGGGUUUAUUCUGGACUGGCCCUUUCCAUCGAACGGACAGAAUAACACAUCUGUAGUUCUAGUAGAACUAACUAACUGUUAACCAACCGUUUGAUCUGAAUGGACCAUUGAACAGAAGGACAGACAGAGGAAGAGAUGUGUGUGUUUUGUUAAAGAUGUUUUGGACACUGGUUGAUUAAGAACAGUGGGGGUAAAGGGGGUGUUGGGGGCAGGCUGAUGAUCAGCCUGUAACUUUCUUUUUAUAUAAAACUAUUUUUCUAUCAUAAAAGUAUUCUCUGAAUUGCUUUGCCGUGCUUGUGUCAGGUGAGUGGUGCUCAAACUGUCUCUAUGGUGAUCAGAACGGCAUAGGAUGAUGUUGCCCCUGGACACUGAUCUAAGGUCAGAGUGGAGUUUUACCCCCUAACGAUUAAGGUUAAGGGUAAAAUGUUCCUAGAUCUGUGCCUAAGGGCAACAUCUACCCAGACAGAUCAGAAAACCCAAUGUUCCUUUUCAGUAACUAUGGUGGAUUAUGUGUUCUGAAUAAAGUUUGAUGUCUGUUCACAGUUCGCUGCUCCCACAUGCGAUCUUUAAUUCAACACGGGUCUGAAUUGGGAGCAGCAAACAUGGAGCGGACAUGACCUUUUUUCCACAGUU